UCUGUUUCAGCCUCCAUUAUCAAUUGACGACUCGUCUCUGAACAUUACACAAAAGAAAAAAUGUUGCGAUCUGUUAUUUUGAAACCCCAUCUGCCAUUUUCGUCAUCUUCCACACUUUUUCUUGAAGCUGCAAAUAAAAGUCAUGGUUCUGUAAAUCCGCUCACCAUCCGGUGUUCUUCAAGAACCAAUGAUUCGAUACCAAAGCUCGAGCCUUUUAGCCGGAGCAAGCUCGAGAGAGUCGUGAAAGACCCUCCUCUCAUCGAGAAAUGCGAACGCGAACUCGCAGAUUAUUGCUCUGUUCUGGAAGGGGAUGAUUCCUAUAGCUGCUGGAGGGCGUAUUUUGAACUCAAGGAUCUUGAAAAAGAACAACCAAAGGAGGAGGUGGAGAGGCUAAUCCUGCAAGCAGGUGGAGUGAAAUCUCUGAUUGGGUGCGUGCAUGGGAUCGCGUCAAUGCAGAAACCGGCGAAAGAAUGGCAGGAAGCAACAAAGGCGAAGAACAGUGAUAAAGUUGAUGAGGGAAGGGCGUGCCCUGUACCUGACGGAUUGCCCAAGUCAAGAGAAGAGCUUGAAGAAGAAGAGAGAGCUUUGAUGCCAGAUUCCCCUUUCACCAGAUUACUGAGGAUCAAAGGAAGAGCCCCGGCAUGGUACUCCCACGCACCUGAUCACGAAACCUAUUGAUAUUGAUAUUCAACUCCAUGUUAAUACUACUAGUUAUAGUGAGAUUGAAGGAAUAAAUGUAUAGUUACUCUGAUCUGUAAUAGAUAUCAUCAAGUCUGUCUGUUGAUGUUGUUAUUAUAGUCCCUGGCUUACAAAUUGAUAUAAAUAUUGGGUUUUGGCAGACAAUUGUAGUCUUCAAUCUGUAGCUUGUUUAAUGAAAAGGAAUUGCUUAGCUAUAA